AAAUUUGAAUAUAUUAUUAAAUGUCAUGGUGUUACAAGAAAUCUUAUGACAAAAGAAUUUAUGUUUAUAAUGAAGUAUGCAAAUGGAGGGGAUUUACAUAAUUAUUUACAAAAACAUUUUACAAAAAUUACAUGGAAGGAUAAAUUACAUAUUUUAUGGAGAAUUUCGGAUGGUCUUCAAGCUAUUCAUAAACAUGAUCUCGUACAUCGAGAUUUUCAUAGUGGUAAUAUAUUGGUUGAAAUAAUUGAACAUGUAAAUCAAUAUUUAAUAGGAGAUUUAGGAUUAUCACAACCUGCAAAUAAUACUUUAUCAAGCAAUGAAAUAUAUGGAGUAAUACCUUACAUUGCUCCAGAAAUAUUUAAAGGGAAAACAUUUUCAAAAGAAUCUGAUGUAUAUAGUAUGGGUAUGAUUAUGUGGGAAUUGACAACCGGUUGUAAACCUUUCGCAAAUGUUGAACAUGAUGUUGAUUUAGUUUGUGAAAUUAUCGAUGGAACAAGACCUGAAAUUACAGAAGAUACUCCUGAAGAUUUUGCUAAUUUAAUGAAAAAAUGUUGGAAUUCUGAUCCAAAAAAAAGACCUUUUGCUGAAAAAAUUUGCAAAAGUUUAGAACUUUGGUCAGAAAAAGAAGAAGAUGCUAAUCAGUUUAUUCAAGCUGAAAAAAUACGAAAAGAUCUAAUAAAAUAUAAUUCACUUGGUCCCAAAAUGCCUCAUUCAAAAGCAACUUUUACGAGUAUAUCAUUAAGUCCUUUUAUUUCCAAGUCUUCAAGUAAAACAAUAAUUAAAGAAUUAAAUAAUGAUAACGAAUACGUAACAAGAGAACUUGAUUUUGACAUAGAUGGUAUUCAAAGGUACGAUCAAAAUAUUACUAUAUUUAGGCAGAGAUUUUAUUAUUCAAAAUUUGAAUACUCAGCACACUGUAUAUUUUAUACCAGCCAAUCAUUGAGCAAAACAAGUUCGGAAAUAAAUCCUUCGGGAAAACGGGGUAUUGAAAACGAAAUUUACGUUAAUAAAAAACACGUUAAAAUUAGUAACGAAACUGAAGAAUAAACUUUAUGUAUAAAUCGGAAUACGAUAACACCGAAUCUCAAG